AUGGCUAGUUGGCUGCUUCAGAUCCUGAUCAUCUCUUCUCUUCAUCUCAUCUCUCCAUCAAGUCAAAAAGAGACAAGGUUUGUCUAUGAAGACUUUCUUGACCGAGAAGAUCUUUAUCUAGAUGGUUCUGCAAUAGUACAUCCCGGUGGAUCAUUACAGCUGACAAACACUUCAAAGUAUCAAAUAGGUCAUGCUUUCUACGAUAAGCCACUUCAGCUCACUUCCUCCUUCUCCACGCAUUUCGUGUGUGCUCUGGUGAAAAAGCCAAAGGUUGAAGGAAAGCCCAUUACUGAAGGCGGCCAUGGCAUUGCCUUCAUAGUAUCUCCAUCUAUGGACUUCUCCCACGCACAACCAACAAGAUACUUGGGAGUUUUCGACGCUUCAACAAUCAAAUCUCCCUCUUCUCACGUUCUUGCUGUUGAGCUUGACACUAUAUGGAACCCUGAGUUCAAUGAUACCAAAAGCAAUCACGUGGGGAUUGAUGUGAACAGUCCUUUAUCUGUAGGAGUAGCUUCAGCAUCUUACUAUUCAGACGUGGAAAAAAAGAACGAAAGCAUUAACCUCUUGAGUGGGAAUCCAAUACAGGUGUGGGUGGAUUAUGAAGACACGAUGCUCACUGUCUGGAUCUCACCUCUUGAUGUCAAGAAACCAAGUCGGCCUCUUUUGUCACAUCCCAUUAACCUUGCAAAGAUUUUUCCGAAUAUAUCGAAAUUGUAUGUUGGAUUCUCUGCAGCAACAGGGAACGCGGUGAGUGACCAAUACAUCCUUGGGUGGAGUUUCAGUACAGACAGAGGAUCACUGCAGCGACUUGAUAUCUCAAGAAUUGCUGAACUUCCUUAUUCUACAGGUACAGAUAAGAAGCUUCUUGCCCUGUUUAUUAUCCUGUUUGGUUGUCUGGCUAUUGUGGUGUCGGCUAUUCUUGCAUAAGUUUUACUUUUGCUAGCAAGUGUUUGAAUUAUUGACAAAAUGAAUGGGAAUGUAACAAAAAUUUUAGUUACAGUUCCUUAUUUAUUGCUUAGUGAUUUGCGAUUUUGAUCUACUUAAUUGUAUGAAAAAAUCAGUAUGUGAGUUAAAUAAGUGCAAUUAUGUUUUUUUUUUAAGUUCUUGUACUGUGUUUCAGCUUCCAACAUGAUGUUGCUUUUCUCUUUAGG